AUGAGCGCGACGGCGGCCACCGGCGUCUUCGUGCUGUCCCUCUCGGCCAUCCCGGUCACCUACGUCUUCAACCACCUGGCGGCGCAGCACGACUUCUGGACAAUUGUAGGGGUUGCUGCCCUCAUCCUGCUCCUGGUGGCCCUGUUGGCUCGAAUCCUCGUCAAGAGAAAGCCACCCCGGGACCCGCUGUUCUAUGUGUACGCGGUGUUCGGCUUCACCAGCGUGGUGAACCUCAUCAUCGGCUUGGAGCAGGACGGGGUCAUCGAUGGGUUCAUGACGCACUACCUGCGGGAGGGCGAACCGUACCUGAACACAGCCCACGGCCACAUGGUCUGCUACUGGGACGGCUCCGCCCACUACCUCAUGUACCUGGUGAUGGUGGCGGCCAUCGCAUGGGAGGAGAGUUACAGAAACAUCGGCCUGUACUGGGUUGGAUCGAUAAUGAUGAGCAUGGUGGUUUUUGUCCCGGGAAACAUCGUAGGGAAGUUUGGAACACGCAUCUGCCCCGCUUUCAUCUUAAGCAUCCCGUACACGUGUCUCCCCGUCUGGGCCGGUGUCAGGAUCUAUAAUCAGCCGCCGGAAUAUUGCCAUUACCCGUCCAAGGUUGUUCAAGAGGUCCAAGCAAAGGACCUGCUGAGAAGACCAUUGGACUUCCUGCUGGUCAUAUGCCUCCUCCUGGCAACUGGAUUUAGCCUGUUUAGAGGCUUGAUUGCUCUGGACUGCCCCGCCGAGCUCUGCCGCGCUUAUACCCAGUUCCAGGAGCCUUAUCUGAAGGACCCUGCCGCGUACCCCAAGAUCCAGAUGCUGGUGCACCUGUUCUAUUCCGUCCCGUACCUCCUGAUGGCGCUCUACGGGCUGGUGGUGCCUGGAUGCUCCUGGAUGCCUGACCUCACCCUGCUUCACGCGGGAGGCCUGGCGCAGGCCCAGUUCUCCCACAUCGGUGCUUCUCUCCAUGCCAGGACGGCUUACACCUACAGAGUGCCCGAGGAAGCGAAGAUCCUCUUCCUGGCAUUGAACAUGGCCUACGGGGCGCUGCCCCAGCUGCUGGCCUACCGCUGCGUCUACGCGCCCGAGUUUUUCCUGAGGGCGAGGGCGGAGGAGAAAGCCGAGUGA